CCAGCUCAGUCUAAGCUAACCUUAGUCGCCCACUAACACAUAAAAUUCGACGAUGCAGAGUCCUCUCCGACUCGAUACCAAAAAGCGAGCCAGGUCCCCGAGCUUGCUAUAUGCUCUGUCGAUACCAUUCCUCAGAAGCCGCUUUGCUUUCGGAGCUCUGUUCUUCUUUGUUAUCCUUUUCAUAUUUCUCCCCCUGGUCGGCGUCUAUACUUCUCAGAUCUCGAUCCUUCAGAGAGGGAACGGCGUCAUCUUCACAUCAAUCACGCUGGGCUCUUCGAAAGCACCACGCUCGCCAGUUCGCAUUGCGAAGGCUUCACUUCUCUAUGGUCGGACGAAUCCUAUCUAUGAAAAGGCGUUGAGCACGCAUGCCGAACACAACAAGCUCUAUAACUACGACAUGCACGUUCUCCGCUCUCGCCUCGCAAAGGGUUUCUCGAACAAGCUGCUGUGGUUGCAGCAGCUGAUUGCGGUGGAACUGCAGAAGCCCAAUGAAGAGAGGGUUGAGUGGAUCAUGUACUUUGACCCAUCAGCCGUGCUUCUCAAUCCGCGAAUCCCUUUGAGCGUUUUCCUUCCACCUUCGGAUAAUGGCCUCGAUCAUCUUCAGUUCAUCUUCACAACAGCCUCGAACGACUUCGAUUGCAAUUCCGUGCUCUUCGUCCACAUUUCGGAUUCGGCGCUCAAGACCUUGGCGAAAGCCGUCGUUGCUCCUAUGCUCGAGCCAGACCGUGAAUGGGGAGCCGACAAAGCAAUAUCAGCAUUGCAGUAUGUGUUGGAGCAGGACGGGCAUAGAGAUGCGGCAAUCUACCAGGAUGCCAGGUGGUAUAACACGGAAAUGAUCGAAGACCACUGGAUUGCUCGCGGCGGCUUUUUCCAGUGCGCAUCUAGGGAGUUUCAAGGCAAGAAGUGGAAGGGCGUGGAUGAGCUGCUCCACAUACUCGAAUCGGAUCCACACAAGUUCUCACUUCCGCUAGAAGCCACGGUAUACGCAAAAGAGCCCCAGCAGUUCUGGAGUCGCAUCGCAGAAGCUAAGCGCGUUUUGAAGGUGGCGGCAGAACGAGGCCAUGAUGUAUCGAAAGGAGAUCUGCGGGCCGAGGUACGGACUCUGAAGGUCCAAGUGGAGCUCUACGCCUUUGAUGGCGUUGAUUUGUCGAGGGCCAUCGAUGUACUCAAAGACUCACUGGAACUUGAGUGA